GCCCAACGGGCUCGCACUCACGCCUCAUUGAGGCCCCCCGGAUGUCUAGUGCCCAAUUUGGUCAUCCACAGGCGUUCGGCGUGUCGCCGUUGGCCUGCACUCCAUUUGGAGUCGUGCUGGAUGACACAAACCCGGACAGAAGCCCACCCGUGCCGGAGGAAGUGUUGCACCAGGUGGGUGGUGGUGUUCUUCUGUCGAGUAAUGUUGUGUCUAUGUUGGUGGAAACGGGUGGCGAUGGUGUUUCCCGUCUCCCCAACAUACAGGGCGUGGCAACGCUGGCAUCGGAUGACGUAAACGCAGUUUUUUGUGCGUGCGUCCCCCCUGCAUAGGGGCCGGAAGACCCUCCCGUUGUGGCGGUUAAGUAGCCACGGGAUGUGUCUGAAGGGGACGCUGCUCCGAGUCGGGGGAGGAUCUCUCGUGGAGGGGACCCGAGCCCUGACCAGCAGAUCGCACAGGUUGGGAUUCUUACGGUAUGCUGACACCAAAUAAUGUUUUUGGAGCCUGCCACUAUUAUCCACAAAGUCUUUAAAGUUUUGUUUGACUCUUCUAGCUACCUGUACCGCCGCAGGUGAGAAGGUCGUGAUCAGGGGGAUCAUGGACUCACCAGGGGGAGGCUUCUUGGGGUCCAAGAAGCACCUGAACUGUCUCCUGAGGAAGGAUCUCGAAUAUCCCCUCUUCCUCAGGGCCGUGAACAGGGCUCCCGUGGCCGUGACGAAGUCCUCCCGCCUGGUGCAGAUCCGGUGGAAUCUUAGCAGCUGGGACUUGACCAGUCCCGCGUAGGUAUGUCGGGGGUGGAAACUGGUCUUGUGGAGGAGGGCGUGGGUGUCAGUCUGUUUGAAAUAAACCUUUAUGUCCAGAUUGUGAGUGGAGGGGAAGUCUGGACCUUUGUAUGUGGUGGUGUCCAAGAAAUCCACCGACAUGGGGCUGGUGGUGGACUUGAUAGUGAUACUGGGGUUGUGAGUAUUGAGGGUGUGGCGGAACACCUCAAACUCCUCUACGGAGUGGGCCCAUACCCCCCAGAUAUCAUCGAGGUACCGUGAGUAAUGCAGGGGCUUGAUCGGGCACGCUGCGAGGGCGGAGGUCUCCCAUUCCGCCAUAAAAAUAUUGGCGUAUGCCGGGGCAAAUUUCUUCCCCAUGGCUGUCCCUUUAAUCUGGAGGAAGAACUUCCCAUUAAAUUCGAAGUCGUUCCUCCUUAAAUUUAUGUCGAGCAGCUGCAGGAGUUCUUUGUCCGGCCUGCUAAUGUCUCGAUAUUUGCCAAAUAUAUUUUUUACGGCUUGGAUGCCCUGUUCAAUGUCUAUGUUUGUGUAUAAACUGUCUAUAUCAAUUGUGAACAGAAUGGCCUCUUGGGGAAUGAUCAGAUUUUUAAUUUUUUCUAUAAAAUCAUAUGUGUCUUUCAAAUAACUAUUGUGUUUGAUGGAAAGUGGCGUUAAAUAAAAAUCAAUAAAUUCUGCCGUCCUGUAGGUUUCGCUCCCACAGUCGGAAACUAUGGGCCUGCCCGGGGGUAUGACAUGGGGCUGGCUCCAUUUGUGGGGUUCCUUGUGGAUUUUGGGGAGUAAAUAAAACCUACGAGGACGGGGAUCCGAUUCGCCCAGGAGGUAAGUAAACUGUUUAUGAUUGAUGAAUCUUUUAUUUAAUAAAUUUUUAAUGAUUUUUUCCACCAUAGGGAUUGUGUCAAGAUAAAUGGGUGCGGCCAACGGGGAGUAGUAGGUGGUGUCGUUCAGUUGUCUGGUGCCCUCCCAGACAUACUGAGACCUGUCAAAGAUGACCACAGCGCUUCCUUUGUCUGCCGGUUUGAUAACAAUGUUAUUGUUAUUUUUCAGACUCUGAAGGGCCUCAGUUUCGUCACGCGUGAGGUUGGGCGUAAUGGCGAGGGCGCAACCCGAUAGGAGCGAUGGAUGCUCGUCCGCUAGGACCAGUGUGUGGACCUCUGGAGGUAGCAGACCGGGUGAGGGCUCCCACUCGGACCGGGCGGUGAAAGGUCGCGGACCGAGGGACCCUUGCUUUUCAUAGAACACCGCGAGUUUGACACCCCUGUGGUAUUCUUGUAAGUCAAACUUCAUUUGGUGGUGCCACUCAGGACUAAGGUUGGUGGAUGGGACGAACGUGAGGCCUUUAUUGAGGAGGGAGCGCUGUGAGGAGGUAAGUGUGAAAUGUUUUGCCAAAUUUACAAUGUUUUUGUUUGUGUUUGUGGUGGUGUUGUUUGUGCUUGUGUCACCCCCCCGACAGGUCGGGUUUUUGGGGAUGCCAUGUUUAAAUGGUGAAGCCAGUGCUUCAGCAUGUUUUUGGCCGUUUCCUCGGUCCAGUGAAGGUUGUCCCUCCCCGUAGCAAACUUCUCACUGGUGAGUGCCGGAAUGAAAUUAUAGUUUUUUUGAAUAUAAGUAUUAAUUUUGUGGAGGUUAUCUUUAUGUUCCUGGGGCAGGGCUUCUGAGAAGUUAAUGAUGGGGAUGGAAAUGUCGGCGUUCGGGAACACCGUUUUGGCCACCUUUAGGGCCCUUUGGAUUUGUUUAAAGGAUGGCCUCUGCGUGGCGGAAGUUGGCACCUGGAUAGCUGUCCAUCUGAAGGUCCUGGAGACGGACAGGUGGAAGACGACUAAUAUUGGAGUCACCAAUCACCAGGACCUUCUUAUCCACAGACAGGUGCCAAUCAACCAACUUGCGCGUGGUACUGAUGUGUCUAGUGGGGCCCCUGCGCGGACUGAUAGGUGUGGCUAAUUGUGUCGUGUCUGUAUCCUCUGUCGGCUGAGAGGCCGAAGCGACCGCUCUAGGCCCCUUCCGGAUUCCCGAAAAAAAUUGGGACCAGCUUGGACCCGCUUCGGGAACCGGCGUGCGUGGAGGAGGAGUGUCCACGAGGGGCACGUCCGGAAGAGGCGCGUCCGGGAGGGGCGCGUCCAGGAGGGAGGAAGUCGGCGAGGAUGGUCCCGGUAGGCCAGAACCUAGUUGAGACCAACUGGGGGGCGUGUCAGGGGGCAGCUGGGACCACCCUGGAGGCCCCUCAGGGGAUGACGCCGGCUGCUCAGGUGGCGGUGGCGCGUCCGAGACCGCAGGAGGGACCCUGACUUCGGUCUCGACCUGCGGAUGCGGCCUGGGUGGCGGGACCAGGGGAGCCUCGACAAUGGAGUUGUCGGGAGGACUGCUGCAUGGCUCCUGGGGUCGUGUCAUUCUCUGGGGCCUGGAUGGUGCCGCAGCCAGAGAAGAAGGCGACAAAACCGGGAAGGGGACCGGGGUGACCGGUCCCCUAGGACCCGGAACCGGCUCCACCACAGGGGACCAGUCCCCGACCACAGGGUCGGUCAUGGUGGACGCCGUGGCUCGCACAGGAGCGUGCAGGGUUGGAACCGGCAGGGGCAGCGGCAGCGGCAGCGGCAGCGGCGGCUGCACUACCUCCAUCACCACUCGGGUGCUGGAAGGAUCCAAGCGGACUGGUGACCCCGUCUGCUGGGAUCGUGACGGACUACCCCCCUCGUCCACGCCACGAACGUCCACACAGAUGGAGAUCACCAGACCCUCAGCCAGCCGCAGUGUCUCGGUGGUCAACCUGCGUCCCAGGUGUGUCCUGGUCCAAGCUGAGGCCACCUGGAAUGGUUCCUUCCAAUUUUGCCCAAUAAAAGUACCCAAUUUGUACUCGUGGGAAGACCAGGACCUCCGGGGCAUCCCCUACGCCAGAGACGUCCGGAUUCCCAGUGCCCAAUUUGGUCAUCCACAGGCGUUCGGCGUGUCGCCGUUGGCCUGCACUCCAUUUGGAGUCGUGCUGGAUGACACAAACCCGGACAGAAGCCCACCCGUGCCGGAGGAAGUGUUGCACCAGGUGGGUGGUGGUGUUCUUCUGUCGAGUAAUGUUGUGUCUAUGUUGGUGGAAACGGGUGGCGAUGGUGUUUCCCGUCUCCCCAACAUACAGGGCGUGGCAACGCUGGCAUCGGAUGACGUAAACGCAGUUUUUUGUGCGUGCGUCCCCCCUGCAUAG